CUUCACAGCCACAGAGAAGUCCUUCCCGCUACUUGAACAAUGUCGGGCGGUACUUGGCUCAAACACCUUGCCUCCACUCUCAUCACCUCCCGAGCUUUCACUCUCUCGCGUCCUCUCACUUCCCCAUUUCCCUCUCGCUUCUUUACAGCCCACAAGCCCAGAAACUUCUCGCGCCCCAGCACUACCUCUUCUUCUUCUUCUUCUUCUUCUUCGGAGACUUCUCUGGCCCAGCCCUUUGCUUUGCCUUUUCAGUCUGUCAACAUUCGCUGCCAAAGACAUGUCUCUGAUAUGCUUCAAGAUGCUCUAUUAUGCUUUGGAGCAAGUUCUACUAGUGUUGAUCAAGAUGAUGAUGCUGAUGAGGAUUCCGAUGAGAUUUGCAUUACUUCCAUAUUUCCUGACGGUGAAGAUGUAGAUACUUGCAUUUCACAUGCUGCUGGUUCAAUAAGCUUAAAUGAGAUACCUCCUUAUGAAGUUACAAUAGGUGAGCAGUAUGACUGGAUAAAGAAAACUCAGGAAUCAUUUCAUCCUGUUGAGAUUUCUGAAGGACUCUGGAUUGUACCCUCCUGGAAAACUUCCCCUAAUGCCCAAGCAAAAAAUAUAAUUCUGAAUCCUGGAUUAGCAUUUGGAACUGGGGAGCAUCCUACUACUAGGUUAUGUCUGUUGCUGCUUCAUGGUUUGAUAAAGGGGGGAGAACAAUUCAUGGACUACGGAACUGGUUCUGGAAUUCUGGCAAUUGCUGCAAUCAAGUUCGGUGCUGCCUUAUCAGUUGGAAUUGAUAUUGAUCCGCAAGCAAUUACAUCCGCACGCCAGAAUGCUACUCUGAACAACAUAGGACCUGAACAGAUGCAAUUAUAUCUAGUUCCAAGCGAAAAUUGCUCAACUUGGACUGCUCCAUGUGAAAAUAUGAAAGAAAGGAGUUCAUCUGGAGGGGUAGCCAUCUCAGAAACAGACAAGUAUGAUGUCCUAAUUGCAAAUAUACUUUUAAAUCCCCUAAUGGAUUUGGCAGAUCAGAUUGUCUCUUAUGCAAAGCCUGGGGCAACCAUCGGUCUCUCGGGUAUUCUCAGUGAGCAGCUUCCAUCUCUUAUGGAGCGGUAUUCACAGUUCUUAGAAGACGUCUCCACUACAGAGAUGGAUGGUUGGGUCUGUGUCCACGGCAGAAAGAAGCAAAAUGUUGCAGGCAACUGAUGAUUCUGUUCCUUCCUACACUUUUGCCAAUUUAAGAUGCUAUUCUAUGAGGCUGAAUGGUCUGGUCACUACCACGUCAUAGGAGCUGAAUGGAUCGUUCAACAUGGACAUGUAGCUGGCGUUGUGAGUGUGAUUCAACAUGAGACUCAAUCCCUGCGUACAACCAGCUACUGCUUUUAACUUCCUUCUGAUGUAGGCAGGUCAAAUAUGUAUAGAGAAACUCGUUCACUUGAUAUGAAUUGAUCACCAAUGACAGCAGUUCAGGUGCAGUUUUUCUCACUAGUGACAAUUUCCAAUAUAAAAUAGCAGCAAGAUCUUAUUAUUUCUGGUUAAUAACUUGAUACCAUUCUUUUCUGUAUAUUUUCUUUACAUUGCA